AUGGUCGACGUUCAGCCGUUCUCAUUCAUGUAUCAACCAUUUUCGUCGAACCCGCCGUUGGACUUUCUCGCUCCCGCCGUCCAUUCCACCUACGACUCCCUUCACGGCAUCGAAACCGCUGAACGAUCAUCCCGCCCAAAAACCUGGUACUCAAGCUCGUCCAACCAGACGCCAACGGUGGCCGGGGGCGUCCGAACACCCCCCGAGGAUAUGAACGGAUCCAAAAUUAACAAUCUCGUGCCUCUGAGCUAUGGUGGUCGAUCAUACAAUACUCUAAAGAAUGCAUACUUGACACCGAUCAAGUCUCAUCGACUCUCAAAUCCUCCCACUAGAGUGCCGAGCAAAACGAUACCCGGAUAUUAUAAUGGAAACGUGUCUGUAGUCAACUCCUCGAGCCAACCGUCAAGUCCCAGUUCACGCCGAACCGCUCCUUCUGAAUCGGCUCAGCGACGGAGAAGUUCAAGCGCCAGUUCCAUCAUAUCCUACCUUCAGAUUCCCUCAUCCAUCAAUAAUAGCAAGGGCAGCCUUGCGGACUUUGCAGCCGGAAUUACUUGCCUUUUCUGGUUCGAGUCGUCUGCGAAUCUGCAGCGCGUGGAGGAUUCGUCAGUUUCUCUGGUGCCCACGACGCUUGUCAGGGAAGCUCUUCCUUCAACGGGUUUCAGGAAAUGGGUCACCACGAUUUUGUCGACUACGCAGGUGACUCAGAAUGUAGUCUUGCUUGCCCUUCUCUUCAUAUAUCGACUGAAGAAUAUGAACCCUAGCGUCAAGGGCAAGCCAGGCAGUGAAUUUCGUCUUUUGACCGUUGCCUUGAUGCUCGGUAACAAAUUCUUGGAUGAUAACACGUACACGAAUAAGACAUGGGCUGAAGUCUCUGGGAUCUCGGUUCAGGAGAUUCACAUUAUGGAAGUUGAAUUCCUCAGCAACAUGCGUUAUAGCCUCUUCACCUCGGAAACUGAGUGGAAGGCAUGGCAGAUGAAGCUGGCCAAAUUUUGGGACUAUUAUGAGAAGGCUUCGAGGCCGUCUCCAGUUCAACCCUUGCAACCAUCCGUUUCAAGUCUGGCUGUCCCACCAUCGUUGCCAUCGCCUCCUGCUUCCACGCAUGCUUCCCCGCCCUUUUUGGGAACCACAUCGCCAAGCCACUCUACGUUUGCCCAGUCUAUCCCAACUCUCCCUCGCGCAAGCAGCUUUGUGCCGCCACCAGUUGGUCACAGCCUCGAGCCUGAACAGCGAUUAUCGAGUCGAAAGCGGAGCUACGAUGACAACGCUCAAGAACCGCCCUCGAAGAGAGUCACGCUCUCCGGUGCUCCGAGCGCGACAUCCAGUUCGACCUCGGCGCCUUCUAUGGUUCCGAUGGUCCCUCAUCAAAACAUCCCACGGCUGCCGGUCCCAAAUCUCUCUCUUUCAACAACCCCCGUUGGCAACGGCUUCAACAUUCCUCCUCCGUCGACGCAACUCCCUCCUCCGACCACGUCACAGGCCAUGACGACUUCUUUUCCUCCACAGCUUGCUUGGCCUCAGCCAAGUGCAGUGGCCCCGCCGCCACUGCCCCCUCCUUCUGCUCAACCGACCUCUCAGCCGUUUUCUAUUUCGCCCUUUGGUGACCAGUCUCGCCGACAGAGCCCCUACUCUCUUCCUUCAGCCAUGUCCUCUCCUGCCUCGGCGGGCUUGCCUGGAUAUGUGCAUUCGCAGAGCCAUCUUUCACCCUCGUUUAUCUUGGCACAGAGGAACUCGCCAUACCGACCCGUGCGGAGCGUGAACACUCUUCUCGUUCCUCCUCCGUCAGGGUCGAUUAACAACCUUCAUCAUCUUGGCUUUGACCAGAUGCAUUACCAGCCUUUGGGCAAGUCUUCGAACGAGCGCAAAACUGGUGUGGUUCCGUUUUAUUCCCAUGAUACAUGGUCAAACCAGACAACUCAGUGGCCUCCACUUUCACAGCCUAGCUUUUAUCAUUAA